AUGAACCAUUUACUAUUCGAAGAAGCGGUAAUGAAUUUCUUAUUCAAAAUUACAGCUAGGAGAAGAAGAUGAAUAUCAAAGAUUAACAAAAAUAAGCGAUGCUAUAAAACUAGUUGCAGGGGCGAUAAUGAGGAUUAAAACUUUUAAUAAUUGGCAAAUUUUAAAAUACAGUAAAAAUUCAUUAGCAAAUUAAAUAGUGAUUUGUUCUUAUCCCUUUCAGUAGGAAGUAAUACAGUUAUUGAUGAACACAAUCUUUGACUAUUUUCAAGAUAUUGAAUUUCUCAAUGCUUUCGAAAAAACUUUACUGGAAAUAGCCUAGUUGAAAGAAUAAAGAGUGUUUCUAAGCAUGAGAUCGCAAUCUCUAAGGAUUGGGGUUCUUUAACAAAAGUAGCAAUUAUUAUUAGAUGUUAGUUAUAAUAAUCUGAACAUAAGAAAAGAGUAGCUAAAAUAAAGUGCUAUUCCAUUUGCUAAGGCUGUGAUAGAGUAAUUGACAGUGGCAAAGAAAUUUGCAGCUUCCUAUAUCAAAAAGUACCUUGUAUUAGCAAAAACUUUAAAUUAAGACAUAAAACAAAGAGUUUUCAUAAUAAAGGAUUUCGUAGUAAAUACGAGAGAUCACCAUUUUAUAAUAUUACUAAUAAAUACAUUCGAAGAAUUAAAAUAAACUGAAUUGAAGGAUUAAAAAUGGGUGGUUGAUUUUGAUCGAGACAUUGAACAAUGUAUAUAUAUAAAAUUAAUAAAUUUAGAUUGUGCUUAAAACAAUAUUUUAGUGCCUCUUUUUAUAGAAAAGUAGAAUAAACCUAAAUCAUAUGAGUAAAAUUCAUCUGACAGUAGUUCAGAUGAUGAUGAUGAUUUUCAUUAAUAAAAUAAAUAAUCUAAUUCGAAUUCUGGUAGCGAUUAAUAAUCAAUAGUUGAUGAGGACGAGUUGUUAUAAAGGUGGAUUGCAUAAAAAUAUUUAAUUUUUGAAUAAUAAUAAAUCGAAAUAGUCUCUAAGGAAGAAAAUUUGCUUGUCUUAAUUGAUUUUAUCUUAAAUCCAAUUGAUUAAUAAAUAGAUGAUUGUUGGGUAGUGUAAUUUAAUAUUUCAGAAAGAUCAAUAUCCAAUGGUAGAUAUCACUGAUGAUGGAUUAGCUAAUAAGAUAAGAAAUUAGAAAAUUGAAUUUUAUGCCACAGUCAGAUCUUUUAAUACUGCUUAAAUGUUUCAUCACAGACAGAAUCUAGAAAAACUACAAUAAUAUAAUCCAACAUUUUUAUAGAAGUUUUGUAAGUUUAAUAAAUAUUAAUUAGUUAAGCAAACUUCAGAAUCUUUUUAAAAUAAGAAUAGAAAUUUAAAUUUGUAUCAUCUAGCUUUAACUAUAGAUUCUUGUUUAUCUUCCUUUCCUAAAAGUUCUAUGGCUCUAAUUUUAGAAAACUAAUUGUUGUUUGCAUUGUCAAGUUAUAUUUAUAACCCCUUAAUAAUGGGAUUGUUAAUUGAUAUACAUUAGAUCCAAUAUAACAAAUAUGAUUUCGGCCCUGCAUUUACUGAAUAAGUUUGGAAAUACUAACUCUUUACUGAUUGGUUUAUGUGGUUAUAGAAUAUACUAUUCGAAAAAGAAAAUGAUUAAAAACAACUAGAUCUAUAAUAUAAGGGAGAUAACCUUGUAAAAACUUCAUAUUUAUACUAGAUAUUCAUAAUAAGAUGUCUGAAAGAAUUGAGUAAAAAAGAAUAGAAAAUUGCAAAGCCUAAAACUUCAGAAGAUAAUAAAAUUAAAUUGACAUCAUUGUUUGGAUCACUUUAGUCAGGGAAAAAUUUGAUGUUGUAAGAUGCCAAAGAUUAUGAUAAUUGGAAAUUGAACAUAAAAGUAAAGGAGCAUUUAACACUAGAAGAAUUUAAGUCUUAAGAUUACGAUAACCUAAUGGAUUUUAUAAAAUAAAGAGACUAAAUAUAUAAAUAAUAAUUGGAAAAAAAAAUUUAAGAUGAAUUGUAGAUCUAAAUUGAUAAUAUACAAUUAAAGAGAACUUCAAGAGUUCGGAUGUCAUAAGUCAACAGUAGCUUUUGUAAAUCUCCUACGUCAAACUCCAAACUAAUAUUCUAGUCAACCUCACCUAAUCAAAGUCAAACUAAUAGCUAACCUAAUAGCAGUCGUUCUAUUAAAUUGCCGUCUAUAUAUAGUAACAAUUAAUAUAAUGAAUCCAAAUUAUCAAAUUAUGGCUCUUAGGGAGAAAUUAGUCUUGAUUUAAAAAGUCGGAAUUUGAGUAUAUUUGGAUAAUCUCCUAAAAAUAGCAAACUUGGCUUGGCUAGUUAAAGAAGACUUAAAACAGAGAAUGAUGAUGCUGCUAUGAAUUCUAUAUAAUCAAAUGAUGGUUUUUCGAGUAGUCGACUCAUAACUAUAUAUCCAUCCAAACAAGCAUAAAUUAAAUUUGAAUAAUCAAAAAUUGUUUAAAGAUAAGACUAAAGCGUUGUGGAAAAUUGCCUCGGCUUUUUUAGUGAAAUAAUAAAAACUAUACUAGAUUACUUUUAGUAGCCUAAUAAGACUAAUUUGUAGUAAUUAAAUGAGCAAAUUCUCAUUCAACAAAUAUUGAGUAUGAACUUCUUAAAUUCAAUUUUUGAAAUAUAUUUGUCGAGUAUAAUAGACUAAAAUGUUUCAUAGUAAAAAAUUGGAGAGAGUUGUGGAUAACUCAUAAAUUUAAUAUAUCAUAAAAGCCAUCACAUUGAACUCUUUUAAUUGUUAAGAGAAUAACUAAGAACGAUCUUUCUGGCCAAUGUUGACAAUUUAACAAGGGCUAUUGUGGCAAUUAAUAAACAGAUGAGAUUAACAUCAAAAUUUGUGAACAAGUGUCAAUUAUAACUUUUAUUAUAAACUUACUUUUUUGGGUUCAAUUUGUUUAGCAUUCAUACUUAGUUAAUAAGCACAUCAAACAUUUAUAAACACCUAAACGAAACUGUUAUGCACAUAUUUAUUAUUUGGUAUUUUGAUAGUCAAUAAAAUAAUUGUUAUUAGUACUUCUUUACCAAGUUUUUAACCAUUUUAUUUGCAAAGGCUCCUUUUUAAUCACUAUCUAAUAUUUUGUUUAAUAUUGGAUUAGUAAAUUCAAUAUACAAUGCUUUGUAAUAGUUCUGGGUUAAUGGCAUGAAGAGCAGCUGCUUUUAGGCAGGAGUAUAUUUUUAUAUGAGAAUGAUAGUGUACGUGAUAAACAAGGCACUAAAUCAUAGGAAUAUAUAGAUUUUAAAAGAGUAUUUGCAACCAUUAGAAUCUUGGAAAGGCGUUUGCAAACUAAUACCUGAGGAAGACUCAAAUUACAUGAUUGAAUUACAAGAGCUACUCAAAACCGGAUAAACCCCUAUUAGAAGAAUUCAACUCAAAAGAACCAAACUCGAAAAAUUAAAAUCUUAAUUGACUGUUGAUUGUUUUGAUAGCAAAUUAAGAGAGAUCAAAUAAUUUGAAUAGGCUUAAUAAGAGAAACAAAAAUUAUAAUCUACUCCUAAAAUUCCAUAAUAAGGGAAAAAACUACCACCCAGAUUAAGUUAAAGAUCAUUUAGAAACCGAAUAAGUCUGAAGAACGACAAUUGA